AGAACCUUCUCUCUCUCUCUCUCUCUCUCUCUCUCUCUCUCUCUCUCUCCAAAUUUAGGGUUUCUCCAGGGUUUAUCACUCACCAAAACCCUCUCUGUCUCUAACACACCUUAAAUAAUUUAUAAAACAAAAGCCUCGAUAUCUUUUGUUGGAUUGAUUCCCAAAAUGGUUCGCUCCAAUGGCGUCAGGCUCUUCUGCUCUCUCGCCCGCCGCUCCACAACCUCCGUUUACGGCAGAGUGCUUGGAGGAGCUGGUGGUUACAGGACAUUUAACACCCGGAUUAGUAACACUUCCAAGGUUUUUGGAAAUAAUGUUUACACGAGUUUGCCGGGAGCUCUGGGUGCCAAUUGGGCUGCAGUGAGAUCAAUUCAUGGAACUGCAUCUAUGGCGGCUAGAGAUUACUAUGAGACACUUGGGGUUAGCAGGAAUGCCAGUGCAUCAGAAAUAAAGAAAGCUUAUUAUGGGCUAGCAAAGAAGCUCCAUCCAGAUACAAAUAAAGAUGAUCCUGAUGCAGAAAAGAAGUUUCAAGAAGUUUCAAAGGCUUAUGAGGUUUUGAAAGAUGAGGAGAAGCGUCAACAAUAUGAUGAGGUUGGCCAUACUGCAUUUGAAGAACAAGGCUCGGGCUUUCCCAAUGACUUCAGGAAUCCUUUUAAAGAUAUAUUUGAAGAUAAUAUCUUCAACAUGUUCCGUCAGAAUUUCAGUGGUCAAGAUAUCAAGAUUCCUUUGGAACUAUCCUUCAUGGAAGCUGUCCAGGGAUGUACUAAAACUGUGACCUUUCAGGCUACAGUAGCCUGUGAAGCGUGUGGUGGAAGUGGUGUUCCCCCUGGCACCAGACCGGAAUCAUGUAAGCGCUGUAAAGGGUCUGGCAUGACUUUCGUGCAAACUGGUCCAUUUAGAAUGCAGUCAACAUGUUCUCAGUGUGGUGGGACUGGUAAAAGUUACUCGAAACUUUGCAAUUCAUGUAAUGGACAACGGCUGAAAAUUGGAAUGAAGACGGUCAAGUUAGAUGUCAUGCCAGGAGUAGAUGACAAUGAAACAAUUAGGGUAUAUGGUAGUGGGGGAGCCGAUCCCGAUGGAAAUCAGCCUGGUGAUCUUUUUGUUACCAUUAAGGUUAGGGAAGACCCAGUUUUCCGUAGAGAUAAAGCCGAUAUUCAUGUAGAUGCCGUCCUGAGUAUUACCCAGGCAAUUUUAGGAGGAACUAUACAGGUCCCAACUCUUACUGGGGAUGUUGUACUAAAGGUUCGUGCAGGUACGCAACCUGGACAGAAGGUAGUCCUAAAGAAGAAAGGAAUCAAGACGAGGAACUCUUAUACCUUCGGUGAUCAAUAUGUGCACUUUAAUGUCAGCAUCCCAACGAAUCUGACUCAAAGACAACGUGAGUUAAUCGAAGAGUUCUCCAAAGAGGAACAAGGGGAAUACGUAAAGCGUGAGGCAUCAGGAUCAGCUUGGAGUUAAUGUGGUGGAAAAAGUACUCUUUGUUUGCUAAUACACCUCAGAUGAUCCUACCGCCCUUAGCUAGUAGCGCAGAGGGACGAGAUGGAAGAAAAAAAGACUCACCGAUUCCUAUGAUCGUAUUUGUAAGGUUAUGUAAUCUCCUCCUCCUGCAAGUGAUAACUGGUUCCUAUGAUCUUAGAGGACUAAAUGAACUGCGAUGAUGAUGAUGAUGCAGUAUUUUUGCGGCAGUGUACAUAUAUCAUUUGAAUUAAAAUGUCACAACCAUAAUGUGGACUAUUUUUUGGAUCGCCACAAAUGUAUUGAAUAAUAAGAACAUGUUUCCUCUCCAAACUCCUGUUAUCAUCUAAACUCCUAUACCUUGGGAAUUAAGAUAAUCUCUUCCCCCAUGUCUAUUCUCAUGUCCGUCGAAAGUAUUGCCGGAUUCCACGUGUCAGGACGAGAGUG